UAGUAUGAUAUCGAUAUAUAACCCAAGCUACCAACACGCUUCAAAUGCUGUAGAUGACGUCACUGUCUGUACGGAUGGGUUGUCCACUGCACACACCAAGAGAGAGUUUUCGCCUUGGAUAAAAAUAGACUUGCAGGACGUGUUCGAUGUUGCUGAAGUGCUUGCCUACAACAGGCAAGAUGCCUUUGGAUUGAGACUGCACGAUUUACUCAUUACAGUGGAUGGAAACCACUGUGGAUUCUUCAAAGGACCUGCCGCUAGAGGAGACCGUAUACUUUUUCUCUGCCCUUCCGGAAGUGUAGGCAGAUACGUAAAACUCAUGAUCCAAAGUGCAGAGGGAGAAGAAGAUAUUUUAUGCGUGUGUGAAUUACAAGUAUAUGUGCAAUUAUCAGAAGGAUCUGGAUGGGGUAUUGAAAAAAUGUAAUUGUUGUUGAGCG